AUGCACCCUGGAGGAAUAAAUCGAAGCGUUAACCAUGAAGAAUUGCCGAAAACUUAUUCAGUUUGGCGAUUUGUAUCAGCGUAAUGAUUAUUUAGGGACGAAAAUAAAAGAAUCGGUUCUGCACCAGGGCCUUCCGUUAAUCCACUUGUAUAUUACCCGCAAAAAGUGCCAGCUAGUUCACAAAAAUAUUCUGUAAAUUCAAUGAAUUCAUUGUCAGGAAUACCUUUUUCUCAUGGCAACAAUAAAGUUUCUAUGAGAGGAUCAGGCUGAAACUCUUCACAAAUAGGUCCAAUAAAAACAAAUACAGUUGGUCAAGCACAGAUGCCAACCCUCCCGCCCCCACCCCCCUAGUAUAUAUGGAUCACACCCCCACCCCCUAUGUUAAUAGAUCCCACCCCCUCCACCCCCCCCCCCCCUCUAUCAUAUAGGUAAACAUAUAAGUAUCAAAUCUUACAAAUAAGACAUACAAGAAAAUUUUAGUUAUUUCAUAAAUGGAUUCAUAAAUAGAUUCAUAAAUAAAUAUUAAUGAUCAUAAGUAUAUUUUAGCAUAGACUGAUAUAGCCAAUAUAUUAGUAAUACAUUUAAAAUAAAAUAAUUGCAAAAAACUUGUUUACAUAGAAAGGAAUCAAUAAAUGACUCAAAAAAUAUUUUUUGAUAUCUCUUAUAAAGUCUCUAAAUCCCCCCCAUUAAUAACGAACACUUUUUUAGUUCGUUAUUAAAUGGGUCUAACUUAUAAAAUUUUUGGGAAAAAAUAUAUAAAAAUUAUAUUAAAUAUCUAUGAUUUUUAUAUAAAAAUUUCAAUAAAGGGUUAAUAAUAAAAAAGUCAAAUGAUGACAACAUAAAGAUAAAGCGCCUAAGUUCAUGCGAAAAAUAAUAACUAUUGCUAACUCCUCCCCCUCCGUGAGCGAUCAAAACCAUUAGAAAAGUCCCUCACUCUUCGUGAGAGCAAACAAAAAUUUUUUUAAUAGAAAAAUUUUUUAUGGAAAAAAGUUUGAUAUAUAAGCUAUAAUUAUUAUAAUGAAAUCUCUGCCUAAUUCUUUUUAAUUUUAAACAAAUUGCGUUUUAAAAACAUAAAUUUAAUUAAUAUUUGCUUUCCAAUUUUCGCGAAUUAGGAUUUUUUUAAUUUCGUAAAAAUAAUAUUUCUAUAAAUUUAUAUACAAAUUUAAAAAAAAAAAAUAAAUCUUCUUCGUGAGCAAACGAUAUUUUUGUUCACUUACGGAGGGGGGAGUAAAGCACCAUCUUAAGAUUAAGCCACUAUUAGCUCUUAUUUAUUAUUCUUUGCUCGAUUAUGCUUGUCUUUAUCUUACUCUAACUACUUAAAAUUAAUAAACUGUAAAGACUAAAUUAGCUUAUAUAAAUUUUAUAGUAAAUUUUGUUCGUUAUUAAAUGGCCUAAGGAAAAUUUUUAGGAAAAAAAUGACGGUUUUGUUCAUUAUUAAAUGGCGGGGGGGGAGCUAGCCUGCAUUCUUUGGAAAUUUUUGACCUUUAUAUUAUUUAAAAAACACGAGGUAUGUGCUUGAAGGUUCAUUGAAAAUAUGCUUCCUCGUUAGCACACUGCAUCCGAUUUUUUUUCUCAUCCCUAUGACUUUGAAUUUUUUAUGCUGUCAGCAAUUAAUAUGUUUUAAUUGCCUUUAAUACAGUUUACAUUAUAUAGGGGGUGGAGGUGGGGGGUAGCAUCUAUUAAUGGAAUGGAGGUGUGGGUGGGAUCCAUAGAUGCAAAAGGGGGUGGGGGUGUGAUCCAUACAUACUAUCUGAGGGGGUGGGGGUGUGAUCCAUACAGGGGUGGGGGUGUGAUGUAUACAUCCAAACUGGGGGAGUAGGGGGUGGGGGGGUUGGCAUCUGUGCUUGACCAUACAGUUAUAAUACCAGAUAUCAAACCGAAAACUGCAAAAUAUGCAGAAGAUAUCAAGCGUCCUGUCACUUUUGGCUUCAAAAUUGCUAGAUUAGAAGAACCCAAUGAAGCCCCAGCUUCCAGAGAGGUAGAGCAAAGAAAGCUGCGUCCGCCAUCAAGACAUAAAGAUCCACCUAAAGCAUUAGGUUUAUAUUUGCCUCCUGGGACUUGUACGCCUCCAGAUACACAUUCUUCAAUGUCAGAAAAAUUUUGAAAUUUAAAAUCAGGGAGAGGAAAGUCUCGAAAUAGAGAAAAAAGAAUUGAUCCUCCAAUGACUGCUUUGCCAGUUAGUGAAGUUCAAGACAGGCCAACGACCCAAGGCAGACCGAGAACAAAAAUAAGGAUCCAAGGGCCGAUGAAAAGUCCUGCUUUUGAUGAUAACAUGUUUAAGCGGCCUGCAAGUGGCAAAUUGUAUGAUGUACCGAUAAUUAUUAAUAGGGAUGAAAAGAUGAGCAGAAGGGUUUUAAGUGCGAAUUUAACAGCAGGAAGGCAGCAAAAUAUAAGGCCUCCAUCAUUUAAACCUUCAGCUCAAUUCCAUUCGUCAUUGGAUUCUGGGUUUUUAAGCUUGUUCAACGUAUAA